AUGUUCUGCCUGUCCAUCUUCUCUGUCGUGCUUUGCGCACUGGCUGCCGCUGUUUUGGCGUCUCCCAUCGAUAAGCGCGUCACCCACACCGGCCGUGGGACCUAUUAUGACGUUGGUCUUGGCGCCUGCGGGUACAACGAUGUAGACAGCGACGCCAUUGUCGCCAUCUCUCACGAAAUCUACGGUGGCGGUGGCAACUGCAACCAGUGGAUGCAGAUCACGAACCCGAGCACCGGCCAGGUGCAGUACGGCAAGACGCGCGACAAGUGCAUGGGCUGCGCUGCGACUGCCAUUGACAUGAGCCCCUCGCUCUUCGAGUCGCUCGGCGUCCCGCUCGGCCAGGGUGUCCAGACUGUCGAGUGGCACUUCAUGAGCAAGGACUGGUCGCCGUAA